UUAGUGUCUUCAGGCCUGUACAGGGGGUGGCAGUCGCUCGCUCUCCGAGGGGCCGCAUUCCUUUCCAGGCCAGGCCGGUGAGAUGACUCUUUUUAGAUACAGGAGAGGACACUUUUAGACUCUUCUGAGAAGCCCUCGGGGUCUAUUUGCAUUGGUGACAGUCACUCCAGGACUUGGGUAACGUGUAAAGUUUUAUGAAUUAUGAUGACCUUCUUCUAAUAAAACGGAGAAGUGGAAGAAUGGAAGAGACCGCAGCUGUUCUUCUCUAUGGUGAAGAAACCUUGGAGAUGCCCUCCAUAUAGAUGGACAAGUCACGCGCCUAUCGUAAAGAUAUAUUUUGUGCUACCGCCACAUUAGGGCGCAGACCGCGGACACCAGCUGUGUGCAGACCUCCUCGCGCGUGCUUCCGUUUCUGCGUGGCCAUGCCGUUCAGACGUGAUGUACAGCCGGAACGUACGGAUCGCGGACACAUGGAAGUCAGUGGCCAUGUGGGCAGGUGUCCGCGGAUAAGGAUUUUUCGUUUGGCUCUUUACACUCCUCACUUGUAUCUUCUCACAAAACCUGUCGAGGAAGUAAAAGAAAGUGAGGAGAGUGAUGAAGAGCCAAAGCCAAAGAAGACCAAAAAGGCAGAUCAGUCUACAAAGAAGAAAAAGAAGCCGGCCAAGGAAUGUAUCUUAAACAAACCAGAAGAAAAGGAGGAGACAGUAAAGAAGUCCAGGAAAAGGAAGAAGAAGACAAUCACUGAUGUUCUUGCAUCAUCUGAACCAAAAUCUGGAACUCCAGAAGAUCUGCAGCAUCUUAUUGAGCAAUACUACACCAAGACGCGCUCAGUGAUUGAGAUGGAGGAACUCCAAUUACCAGAUAAUUGUUUUGCAAAAGAAAAUGACCUCAGCCAUACCAUGUCAUCGUACCUAAAGGAGAUCUGCCCUAAAUGGUCAAAGCUAACAAAAAAUCACAAAGAAAAGAGAUCUGUCCUCAUUCUGGUUGUCUGCAGUUCUGCUCACCGCACCCUGGAACUGAUUAAACUAGUAAAUGCGUUCCGAGGUGACACCAAGAUAAUGAAAUUAUUUGCAAAGCACAUUAAGAUUAAAGAGCAGAUCAAAUGGCUGGAAAAUAACGUCACUCACCUGGGAGUAGGAACACCGGGCAGGGUAAAAGCUCUCAUAGAACAAGAUGGGCUCAGCUUGCAGUCCUUGAAAUACCUUGUUUUAGAUUGGAACUGGAGGGAUCAGAAGCUGAGGAGGAUGGUGGAUAUACCAGAGGUGAAGAAGGAGAUGGUUGAACUCAUGGAUUCGGGUCUCAUAGCAGCAUGCAGAGAAGGAUCUGUGAAGAUUGGUUUAUUUUAACCCCUGUGUUCUAUACAACUAGUGAACCUUUUAUCUGCAUGUUUCUGUUUUAACUGCUGAUUGUGUGUGUCCUUACAUUCCUCAUAGGCAUAAAUAAUAAACCUGGCUUUGUUUCAAUUUCUUAA